AAGAAAAACGGGUUAAUGAUAGAGUAAAAGGUGUUAUGGAAGUGUACGCGAUUUCGGAAUCAUCCUGUUAGUGGACAAGCAGCGCUGACAGGCGAGCCAAGAUGAGCGGUGGGUUGGCACCAAGUAAAAGUACAGUCUACGUAUCCAAUUUACCCUUCUCUUUGACCAAUAGUGAUCUACAUAAGUUAUUUUCCAAGUAUGGGAAAGUAGUGAAGGUGACAAUUGUGAAGGACAAGGAGACACGGAAAAGCAAAGGCGUGGCGUUUGUACUCUUCUUGGAUAAGGAAUCCGCACACAAUUGUGCUAGAUCACUGAACCACAAACAAUUGUUUGGAAGAACUGUGAAGGCCAGCAUCGCUAUUGACAACGGAAGGGCAGCUGAGUUUAUCAGGAGGCGUAACUACACGGACAAGACUAAGUGUUAUGAAUGUGGUGACUGUGGUCACUUGAGUUAUGCAUGCCCUAAAAAUAUGCUGGGAGACAGAGAACCCCCAAAGAAGAAGGAAAAGAAAAAGAAGAAAAAAGUAGCAGAACCUGAAGUCAUGGAAGAGGAGGAAAGUGAAGAUGAAGGCGAAGACCCUGCUCUUGACAGUCUUAGUCAAGCAAUUGCUUUCCAGCAAGCACGAAUUGAGGAAGAGGAGCGCAGACGCAAGCAGGUGGCAGAGGAAGCAAGUCAAGCUUCAACAUCAGAAGACUCGAGGAAGCCACGGAUUAAAAAGAGUGCUUAUUUCAGUGAUGAGGAAGAGUUAAGUGACUGAGAUGUGUGGGGGAUAAGUUUUGCAAUACACCUAGAACUGGUUUUAAAGUCUGGUAACAUGCAUGUAUGUUUCCUCUGAUAAAAGGCAUCUAGACAUAUUCAAUUAAUUUAUAGAAGGACCCUAAAAAAGGGUCCAUUUAAAUUUAAAUCCAGAGGGUCAUCGAGUCACUUCAGCUUAUGGAUGAAUGUGUUACUUCACUAAAGUGAAUAUUUUCGAAGAAGUCCAUUUUAACAUGCAGUCUAUAUAAAGUCUCAUAUUCAUUGUUAUGGUGGGCACACUGGUGUGUCUGACCCCCCU